AGCCUCGUAUCCUUUUCGCAGCUGCAGAAGCAAAUUAUCGACCUUGCCACCACCCACUUCAAGUAUCUCCCGGUGCGCCCUCCUCACGAAGAACUGGCACAGGUACCGCACAGUCUUCCGUCAUUUUUGGGCGACACUCCAGCCUCGAGACAAGUCCGCGCUGCGUACAUCGCACACACAGUCUCAAAGCUGAUCACCUACCGUGUUUUCGGCCCCUUCCUAUUCAGCUUAGGUCGCCGUUACGACAAGGCCGAUUCUUUGUUUUUGUCAAUGAGCCACCACAUCCGCGACAAGAGUACGAGGAAGGAGGCCAUCUGGCGUCAGCAGACCCUUCUCGCUGCGUUUACAAGCAGUGGGGCAAAGCAACGUAUCAACACUGCUGCCGGCACAGUUGUCGAAGAGAUCGUCAAUGCGAUCAAGCACUUCGCCGACCCAAGAGAAGAAGAAGGUAUCAAGAUUGCUGUGAAGAGGAUCGUCAAGCUUGCUGCUGAGACAUGGCGCUUUGCUCGUCUUGAGCGUGAGAUGAUCACAGCUACAAUGCCAGCUCUUUACGAUGAAGAGCAUCAAUUCACGGGCCCAGAUUUCUGGCCUGCAUACGAGAACACUCACAAGCCUGAUGGCACUUUAAUAGAGUCACUCGCCGAUACCGCACGCCCUUCUGAUGGACAGCCUACGCUUUUGUUGAGGCUCUUCCCUGUCAUCUACCGCGAACCGAAACACGAGAACUUCCACGCGAACGGCGAGAAGAACGACGGAGGUUGCAUUUACCAUCACGGUAUGGCUCUGUACGACGACGCAGAACCCAUCAUCACAAGGGCGGAGGAGCUCAAAUCAGCCGGUUUGCCAUCCUUCACCACUGCUUCUCCGACGAAUGCUGAAUUUGGGAAGUUUCCGCCGCCUAUGGUUCCUCCGCCCAGAAAUCCUCUCCCACCCACGCCGGCUAUGUCUGAGAAGACGAUAUCGGUUCGGAACAAGUCACCACCGCCAUCUCCACACGAGGGUUCUGAUCGAUCUCCAAGAAGACGCAGGACGCCGCCUCCACCUCCGUCAUCGAUCGCUGCGCUCCACGAGCCUUCAUCUCUACCCGUGCGAGCGUACCAGCGGCCUCCACCAGGACCCAUUGAUUUUGCGACUCCUCGCAAUCUCAUUGGCAUGCCGCCUCCUGUCGAGAGCAUCUUCACGCAAGCUCCCUCAAAGGCUUCUAAGACCCCACCCGACUCGGUCUUCGUGGAGACUGGCCGCCUGCUUGCAGAAAGCGAUGCUAUCCCUGAAGCGGCGGAGGAGGAAGAGCUUCCUGAGCCCACACCAGCAGACAGUGAGACGCUGCCCGUGUUCCUCGAACAUGAGCCACCUACACCGCCCCACUCUCCACAAUCUCGUUCCAGCACACCACCGCGUCCGGCUUCGCCACUAUUUGAGGCCUUUGACGAGAUCGAAUCGCUGCAAUCUCAUCGCAUUCAACCCUCGUUGAGGCGCCGCCGCUCCACGCGUACUCGCAACACUGAAGACGAGUUACCCGAUAUCACGCCGCGUCCAGAAACCUUGCGACGGACUAGCGGCUAUGCGCUCAGUAAUCGAACGCUGAGGAGCGAGCGAAGUGAACGUACCGAACGUUCUGGCAAGUCGGAACGCACCGAGCGCACAGAGAAGCCAGACCUCAAGACCCGGUACCUGUGUGAGAGCCGCAGUGCUGGCGUCAAGGCACUGUACCCUAACAGUCCAAUGUCCAUGCAGAACAGCAAGGCCUUCAAGGAGGCAAUGCAGGCUAAGAGAGCCUCGAAGGACUCCAUGCGGUCUGAUAGCCACCAAAAAUGGUUGAAAGAGCAGAGGAAGCAAAGCCUCGAGAAACACGGAAGAUCUGAACGCUCCGAACGCUCCGAGAAGCCUGAGCGCUCUGAGCGAUCUGAGCGACCAGAGAGGUCUGAGAGGUCUGAACGAGGUUCGAGAGAGCUGCGCCGCGAGAAGAGCAUGAAGAGCGUGGCCGAGACCAUCCCCGACAAUGGCACUUGGGACACCAACUCUACGCUCUCCAGUCUGGAGACGAACACACAGUUCUCUGUCAAUGAGCACUAGCUCUGUGACUGAGCUCCACCUUCCCCUUGCAUUGCGCAUACAUUCCUUUACUCUCUUUCGUCGUCUUUUUCGAUUUGGAGCGUUUGUUUCUUUCCUUUGACCCUUAUUUCUUUAAUAAGCAUAUCAGCGAGUGCACUGAAAGCAUUGGUGGAGUCAUCUACGAUGUAUGAGCAUGUAUAACGGCCGAACAUAGCAUAACACGACAUG